UAGAAAAAUUUGAAAUUGAAGAGAAAAAGAUCUGGAAAAAGGAUGGGUCAUCUGUGUUUGGGCCAUACAAGUUGCCAAUUGUGACCGGGCUAUUAUUAAUGGAGAUGUUUAUAAUAAUGAAUCGUCCUUCAGGGUCUGUAAUAGUGGUGUUAUGAACAAAAGAGAUUUUUUUAUUUAUUAGAAUGCAUACUCCUCUUUGUUUUGUGUUGUAGUGAGCCGAAAAUAAAUGACUGUAAUUUGAUGAUUUAAUUUUGUUAUAAUCUGAUGCUGAUAGAUGUGUUUCUUGCAGGAGACAUAUGUCGGCUUGUAAUUUAUUUAAAUGAUUAAAAACUUUGACCUUCUUUGUCUGAGAACCAAAUCCACGAACGUUCCAGGUUACAAAAGUGAUAGAUGACAUGUUUUAGUGAUUAUGGCAGUUAUUGACUCAGGAAUGAAAGUGACGUGUUCAGAAAAGCCAGGGAGUAAUGUCCUUAUCACGAUAUAGUUGUCCAUCUAUGUAUAAUUUGUCCACUGUAAUGACUGCCUUUUUUCCUUCAUUUAUUUUUUGUUUUCGGAUUGGGAAGAGUUGUUUCCGGCGUUCGAGAAUGACCUUUGGAUAUUGAUCAUUGAGUCCAUAGUUUGUGCCUUUGAGUUGUUUGCCUUGCCUCUGAACCAGUUCUUUGUGUUUAUAGUGUUCGAAUUUUGCGAUGAUCGCUCGUGGUCGGUUGUUGUUGUUUUUUGAUCUAAUACGGUGAACUCGGUGAAAGGUGAUGCUCUGUACUGUUUCCGCCGGUAAUUUGAGUUGUUUUAUUAUGAAAUCCUUGACUGAUUUUUCGGGGUCGUCUGGAGUUUGUUCCGGGAUGCCUGUAAAAACUAAAUUGUCCCUCAUGCUGCGCGAUUGCAAGUCCACACGCAGCAGAGUGUGUUGAAGUGCGCGUCGAUAUAUUCUUCGAGCUGAUCCAGGUUGUAUAAUAUUAUAAUCCGGAUUUGAAACCGAAAGAAAAAAAAAAAAAAAGAAAAAAAAAUGAGAGAAAAAUGGAAGGGGGAAAAAACGAGAGAGAGAAAAACAAAAAACAACAAAACAAAAUGUUGUAGGUAUGUUUUUAGAUAUUUCAGCUGGAGUUGUUUACAAUCUAGCAGACUAGGGCCGCUAUCUUACACGUGAUCUACACGUCAGAGGAAGAAACCUUAAGAGGAACCAGACUCAAAAGGGAACCGAAACCAGAGACUGAGACUAUAAAUGAUCAUAAAAACAACAGAGAAUGACAGCAAGGCAAGUUGUGUCACUCUUUUAAGACAAUUAACCAAGCCUCAUCUCAGGAAAGGAAAAAAAUGGAAAUCAACAUAUCCACAGAUACUCCAUACGGGUAUGAUUAUACAGAGUAUUUUGACUAUUCAUUUAACAGUGGAUCUGAGGCUGUACAUAGACACAUCGCAAUUCCCAUAAUCCUCAGCACUGUGAUCCUGAUCAGUCUCAAUGGGAACCACCUGGUGGUUGUGAUCGGUGCAAUUUACAUUCAUCUUAAAUCGCUGACCAACUUCUUCAUACCCAACAUAGCUCUGUCAGACUUGGACUCUCUUGGACCGCCAUUCUGGGGAUGGGCUUUUGGAGCUGCACCAUGUAAAGUUUUCAUCUUCCUUUUAAAUGCUGGAUUUUACAGCAGCAUCAUGAUCCUAAUGUUGAUGAGCGUUGAGCGCUACAUGGCCAUCGUGCAGCCUCUGUUAGGUUGGAUGAAAGGAUGUGGCUUCACACUCGUUCCAAUCAUUGCAUGCACGUUGAGCUUCUUUGCAGCAAUAGUGCACAGCACCAAGUCUGACACAGAAGGCUCUGGUUUUUAUGUAUCCAUGGCUAACGACAUGAACAAUGCAAUUCAGAUCAUUCUCAGCACCGUGAUCCUGGUCGGUCUCAUUGGAAACCUCCUGGUUGUUGUGAUCGGUGUAUUCUUUAUGAGGCUUCGAUCACUGACUGCUAUCUUUAUACUCAACUUGGCUCUGUCAGACCUGCUGUCUACUGUCUCACUGAUGUUCUGGUUCUACAACAAUGCCUGGGAUUACAGAGUCUCCAUGUGCAAAGACGCCAGCUUCGCUCGCCCGGUCGGAUUUUACAGCAGCGUCCUGUUCCUGGUGCUGAUGAGCGUUCAGCGUUACAUGACCGUUGUGCAUCCUGUGUCAGUCUGGAAGAAAGGAGGUUGUGUCGCAAUCAUUACGUGGAUGGUGAGCUUCUAUGCAGCAUCACCUAACUUGGUGCUAGUAAUAGUGCAACUUCACUCAAAUGGCUGCAUGUACAUAGGUGUUCUGGUUCUUAUUAUAUUUGGACAGAAUAUUGGUUUUGUGUUUGCUUUUUUGUUCAUGGCUUUUUGCUACAUCAAGAUUCUGCGAACCAUCUUCAAGUCACCGACAAACCAGAACCACGGACACAGAGCUACUGGACUUGCCUUCUUUCUGGUGGUUACGUUCUUUAUUUGUUGGGCUCCUUAUAACAUAAUGAGUUUCAUGCACACAGUUCGUUAUUUCAGUUCUUUUAACUUAGAACAUUUUCAUUAUGCCUUCGACAUCUGUCGUCUCCUGGCUUUCAGCCACUGCUGCUUCAAUCCAGUGAUCUAUGGUUUAUUUGGUCUAAAAUUCCGUGAGACAGCGAGACAGAAUUUGCAAAGACAAGCUACUUUGAAUUCUGUAGAAACAGGAACAGGGACUGAAUUAUGACAGUUUCUGAUCAUAGGAAAACUACAUGACAUAACACAGUAGUAGCUCUAUGUGGAUGCAAAAGUAUCUACUGCUUCUUAUGAAAUGAAAUAAAAUCCUAAUAAUUUUGCUUCUUUUAACAAAUAUGUGAAGAAAGUGUAGAAAAAUAAAGAGCGUAAAUAAAGCA